AUGACGCAACUCCACUCAAUUGCCAGUCUUGACUACGGCGACGGACGUACAUGCGUGUGUCGUAUCUGCGAGUGCGGUAAGCACAAGUGCGCUGAGGUGAAACUUCCCUUCUUUGGCGAGACCACGUACCGUGAUGAAUAUGUGCCAAAGAAGACCGAGCGUGAUGCCCUCCGCCGCGCCCGUGCUGCCGUCUUCCCCACAAAGGCAGAGCCCGGUCACUUCAAGACCACCAAACAAGAGGCGUGGGAGCCGCUGGAGGGAAAAGUAGUGCGGCCGGCGCAGUCCUUCAAACCCCGCGCCGUCCUCGGCGAGCCCCUCCCCUUCUCCGCCACCACCACCCACCGCAAUGACUUCCCAGGACACAUGCCGGAACACGAGCGGGCGCGAUAUAAACAAGAGCCGCUGCCAAAGCUGAAGGGCAUUUAUGAGACCACCAACGGCGCCAUGCAAGCACCCAUCAACAAAUGCCUCGAGGAGGGGGCACUGCCAAAACCACCAAAGUCAUUCCGCGGUGAUGAGUCUCUCGGACAGGCAGUGCCAUUCGACGGCAUCGCCAGCUACACCGCCGACUACCCGCCAAAGCAGCCGCUCUUCCCACCAAAGACACGACAGGCACAAGAGCGCGCAGAAAUCCCAGAGACGCGCGACUUUGAGACGACGCAGUCGGACGCGUACAGAGUGCCACCCCACCGACUGCGCCACGUCUGUCCAUCCUCGUUGGUGCCGAAGCGGGCACCGUCUGUGGACGGUCACUUCAAACUCUCUGUGUACGACAUUCCCUCGGGAGACAUCCUGGACUAG